AUGACUCCAGAAAUUGUUUCUUGCUAUAAAACUGCAAAGACUUUUCGACUGGGAGAUAGACCGGUGUCCGCAUUGUCUUUUAGUGAUAAUGGAGAAUUGUGUGUAACUUCAAGUGAAGAUGACAGUAUCCAUGUGAUUGAUUGUCUGGAGGGAAAACAGAAAUCAACGCUUUUUAGUAAAAAAUAUGGUGUAAAUCUCGCUCGAUUUACUCAUCACACCAAUGCGAUUGUUCACGCGUCAACAAAAGAAGAUGAUACUCUUCGAUAUUUAUCACUGUACGACAACCAGUAUCUCCGUUAUUUUCAAGGCCACACUAAAAGAGUUGUGUCUCUAGGGAUGUCUCCUUUGAAUGACAAUUUCUUGUCUGCAUCUCUCGAUGGAAGUAUUCGUUUGUGGGAUCUUCGUGCUGCAGGAUGCGAGGGUGCUAUGGACGUGAAUGGUUAUCCAACUGUUGCAUUUGACCCAUCAGGGCGAGUAUUUGCAGCAGGGCACAGUUCAGAUAAAAUCAGUAUGUAUGAUUUGAGAGCCUGGAGAGCGGGUCCAUUCUUGACAAACCAAAUAGACCAAGGCGUGGCUGGGUGGAAGGGUAUUAGUUUCUCUAAUGACGGAAAGAACCUGUUGUUGUCAACCACUGGUAACUCUCAUUAUAUCCUCGAUGCGUACGACUGCACGAUAAAACAUCAGUUGGUGGGCCACACUGGAUCUACCCUUGGAAUGUGUACAGAGGCUGCGUUCUGGUCUCCAGAUGGUCGAUUUGUGUAUGCUGGAACUAGUCAGGGUAUGCUCAAUGUGUGGGAUACCCAACAGGAAGCAUUUGAGCUUUCUCCUUUCAAGACUUUCAAUACACCCCAUCAGCAAGAAGGCACUCGUGUUGCAGGCCAUAACCCAACCACAGCCAUGAUGGUGACAGGAGGCGAUGUUGUGGCAUUGUGGCUACCUGAAGUAUAA